AUGUCCGAGAACGCUGAGACCAUUGAUCAGACCGCCCACGAUCAGGAACAGGAUGUGAACCCCUGGUCCGUCGCAGGCGGUACUGACGCCAGCGGAAACGCUAUCUCAAUUAACUACGAGGCUCUUUCGCGAAAGUGGAAUACCUCGCUCAUUGACCAGGCCCUCCUCGACCGUUUCGAGAAGGUCACCGGACACAAGCCGCACCGCUGGCUUCGGCGCGGACUGUUUUUCAGUCACCGCGACUUCGAGAAGAUCCUGACGAAGAAGGAGAAGGGAGAGCCAUUCUUUCUCUAUACUGGUCGUGGCCCUAGUUCAGGCAGCUUGCAUUUGGGACACACAAUCCCGCUCACCUUCACGAAAUGGCUGCAGGAUGUUUUUGACGUGCCGCUCGUAUUCAUGCUUACGGAUGACGAGAAGGCGCUGUUCAAGGACAGUUUGACAUUCGAAGAGACGUUGCAUUUUGCUAAGGAGAAUGCCAAAGAAAUCAUUGCGUUAGGGUUCGACGUCAAGAAGACUUUCAUCUACAGUGACUUGUUGUAUGUGAGCAAUCACAUCUUGAUGAACACCUGGGAGUUCUCCAAGUUAGUCACCUUCAACCAGGUCCGUGGGGCUUUUGGUUUCAAUGAGAGUACGAACAUUGGCCGUAUCUUCUUCCCGUCCGUGCAGUGUGUUGCUGCUUUCGCUACCUCCUACCCUGAGAUCUGGACCGACGAGCCGCUGAAGGAGAGAACAAAGGAGAUUGCUGCGAUUCAAUGUUUAAUCCCUAUGGGUAUCGACCAGGACCCUUACUUCCGCCUACUGCGUGACAAUGCGCACAAAAUGCGCUACCCGUCGCCUAAGCCUGCCCUUAUCCACUCGAAAUUUUUGACUGCUCUGCAAGGUGCUGGUGGAAAGAUGUCCUCGUCUGACCCUAACUCUGCCAUCUUCAUGACCGACACACCUAAGCAAAUCAAGACCAAAAUCAACAAGUACGGCUUCAGCGGCGGUCAAGUAAGCGUCGAAGACCACCGCCGACUGGGCGGUAACCCCGAUGUCGACGUUUCCUAUAUUUACCUGACCUACUUCGAGGAUGAUGACUCCAAACUCGAGGAGAUUUACAACAGCUACAAGAGCGGCGAACUCUUGACGGGUGAAUUGAAGGCUCUGGCGAUCAAGAAACUGCAGGAAUACGUGGCAGAGUUCCAGGAGAGGAGGAAGGAGGUCACGGAUGAGGUGCUCGAUCAGUACAUGACUCCACGACGGCUGGAGUGGAACGGUACUGCGCAGCCGAAAAUCAAAACCAAGUAG